CACUUGCAUAUUAUUAUCCAACCCGACCUCUUCCUCUCAGAGACAACUUGAGAUGGAAGUUGGAUCAACAAUGGCGCACCUGCUCCCUCUCCGUGUGAGUUUCCCUGCAGCCGAGAGUCAGAAAGCUUCGUCGAAGCCACUAAAGUUUGCCAAGAGAACACGGGAGUCCAAGACACCUAUUUACAAUCCUAGAAAAGGUUCUCACGGUGCCUCUAACAAGACCCAGAAGCUGAAUUUGGAGGUCUCACCCCAUAGGGCUGUAUCUGCAGUGAGGCUGAUGAGAAUAGAGUUCGGUGGUGCUUUUGCUGAUCUUUUGAAUGAGAAAGGGAAGGGUUCUGGUGAUAACGAGAUGGGAUAUGUAGCAAGAACUCUUGGAUUUCGCACCCGGGAGUUAGAUUAUCGGGAUCUUAGAUUGGUUACAGAUAUUGUUGGUGGUACCAUCCGUUGGAGGAGGUUUCUUGAUUACUUGAUCUGUUCAAUAUGCCAUGAUGAGAACACAUUUAAAAGCAUGGAGCCUCUUCUCUUACAGAUUCUCAGAAUAGGUUUCUAUGAGAUUAUCAAGCUAGAUAUGCCACGAUAUGCUGUUGUGGAUGAGAAUGUGAGGCUUGCAAAGGUUGCCCUUAGACCAGGUGCUGGUAACAUGGUCAAUGGGAUUCUGAGAAAGCUUAUUUUGCUUCAGGAAAACAACUCUCUUCCUCUACCCAAAGUGGAGGGUGAUGAACGCACACAAGCACGUGCUCUUGCCACCCUAUACUCUCAUCCUGUUUGGAUGGUACGGAGAUGGACAAAGUAUAUUGGGCAAGAAGAAACCAUUAGAUUGAUGACCUGGAACAACAGUGAUCCCAGUUUCAGCUUGAGGGCGAAUCGUGGGAAAGGUGUUUCAAGAGCUGACCUUGUUAUGAAGCUUAAUUUGUUGAAGGUCCCACAUGAGCUUUCUUUGCAUUUGGAUGACUUUGUCCGCAUGAAAACCGGGUUGCAGAUUGUCAUACAAGCUGGCUUGCUGAGAGAUGGUUUAUGUUCUGUUCAGGAUGAGAGUGCAGGUAUGGUCGUUUCUGUUGUGGAUCCUCAACCGGGUGAGAGUAUAAUUGAUUGUUGUGCUGCUCCAGGAGGAAAGACUCUUUACAUGGCAUCCCAUUUAAGUGGCAGGGGCAUGGUAACAGCAAUUGACAUAAACAAAGGCCGAUUAAGAAUCCUUAAAGAGACAGCCAAGUUGCACCAAGUAGAUGGCGUCAUCAGCACCAUUCAUGCUGAUCUUCGUAUUUUUGCUGAAAAAAAUCCCGCGAAGGGUGAUAAGGUUUCGUUGGAUGCUCCAUGUUCUGGACUGGGUGUUCUCUCAAAGAGAGCGGACCUGCGCUGGAAUAGGAAAUUAGAGGAUGUUGAACAACUGAAGAAUUUACAGGACGAGCUAUUUGAUGCAGCAUCUCUAUUGGUAAAGCCUGGUGGAGUUUUAAUAUACAGUACCUGCUCCAUAGAUCCUGAAGAGAAUGAAGAGAGGGUGGCUGCAUUUCUUCUCAGGCAUCCAGAAUUUUCUAUAGAUCCCGUCGAGAGAUAUGUACCAUCUGAUUUUGCAACGGAGGACGGUUUCUAUUUCUCCAACCCCAUAAAACAUUCGCUUGAUGGGGCCUUUGCAGCUCGUCUAGUUCGAGACUCAGAAAGCAGACGUAAUAGUUCAAUAGAAGCUUAACUUGGAGGCUUAUCUGGAAGUUGAUAAAAAAAUGCAACUUCAGUUUCAAGGAAAUAUACGUCUGUUUACAGGCGCGGGCAAUCUUGUAUCUAGGAUGAUUCCAUUCCCAUAAUGAGGAUCCCUUCUUUUGUUUUGUUAUUUUUCUAUCCCCCCUUGCUGCAUGACUGAUACUCUCUCAAUUCGCAAAGGCGGUGGUACACCAUGAAUGAUUAUGAGGCCGGCCGGAGCACGGGAAGGAUUCAAUGUGCAGCACAACCACAAUCAAAAGGGAGGCUCAGCCUUGGCGGUUGCAAUCAAAAUCUGACUUGGAAGAUGACGCUAGUGGAGCAGCUCCGCCAAACAAUGGCUUUUAAAUACUUUCAUUUUUCUGUAUAAAUGUAAUUGAGACAAUCAGCUGUAGUACAUCCAUAAUUUAUUUAUUUUUUUAA